UUUUCCUGCAAAACCUGCGAUCUACUGCGGCCUAGCGACCGUGUCUUGACUGGGCAUGUCGCUUUGGGCACGUCUGUCUCAUUCGGUCUCGAACACGCGUCACAUUUACUGCAAGCGGAAAAACAAAUGCCCAUCUGCGAUCUGCUCGAGCCCAUCGCAGCGCGCCACACAACAACAACCCUAUUGCUUUCCGUUUUGUUCAUCCUGCAAGUGCAAAGCUAACGUGGUUCGCCAACUCUUUAUCUCUUCUCUGUUCAUCUCCUUCGACACUACGGCUCGACGUCUAGACACCCAACACUCUUUUACUCACCCCCACGUUCUUUUCACCCCAACGACCCCCUCGACGACCUAUUGAUUCGACACAAAAAAACCAAUCACAAUGCAGCUCACCGCUCUUAUCCCCGUGAUUGCCCUCCUCGCCACCCCCGCUCUCGCGCGAUCCUCUCUCCAUCCCCAUGCCGCUGCCCACCGACGAUCCGUCGGCCAGCACGAGCGUAUCGCCGGUGCCGUCGAGCAGCGACGUGACGAGCUUGCUGCGGCCCACCCUCGAGCCCUCGCCGAGAAGCCCAAGGUCCAGAAGAGGAGAAAGGUCGUUCGACGAGGUACCACUUGCCGAGUGAAGGACUCUUCUGCCUCUGCCACUGUGUCUGAGACUGCUUCCGCCACCAGCGCCGCCGCCGAGACUUAUGCUGCCAGCGCUGUUUCCGACGUCGAGUCUUCCUCCGACGCCGCUGUCUCUACCGACUCUGCCGUCGAGUCUGCCACCGAGUCCGCCACCUCUGUCGAGUCCUCUGCCGCUGCCGAGACCGCCUCUUCCACCGAGGCAGCUGUCGAGACCGCUUCUACCACCGCCGCUGCCUCUUCCAGCGUCGCCGCCGUCGCCGCCUAUGAAGUCUCUUCCGACUCCUCCAGCUCCGUUGCGGCCUCUUCUACCUCUUCGGCUUCUACCUCCACCUCUACCAGCGCCUACACCCCUAACAACAUCAAGGCUGGUAUUGCCGGUGGUGAUGCUUACAGCAUGAUUGGUGACCACAUCGGUUGGUGGUACGAUUGGAACGCCGUGCCUUCUGGCCACACUGGCUCUGCCGCUAUCGGUGUCAACAUGCUCUGGGGCGCUGGUACCGUCGACGACACCGACGCUUCUCGACUCGCCGCUUUCCAGGCCAUCACCGAUACUCCUGCCUACAUUAUCGGUUUCGAGGAGCCCGACUGCUCUACCGACGGUUCCUCCAACAUCGCUGUUUCCGAUGCCGUCACCGUCUGGGAGAACAACAUUGCCCAGUGGAAGGACAAGGGCUCUCUCCUCCUUUCUCCUUCCAUGUGCCACCAGGCCGCCGAGCAGUACAUCGGAUGGUUGAGCUCUUUCGAGUCUCAGAUCUCUACCGACUUUGACAUUCUCAACUUGCACAUCAACAAGAACAGCAUGGACGGUGUCAAGGCCGACAUCGACUACUACUACAACAACUUUGGCCAGAAGCCCAUCUGGGUUACCGAGUUUGCUUGUGUCGACGACUCUACCGACUUUGUCCCCUGUACCGACCAGUCCGAGAUCAACACCUUCAUCCAGGACAUUGUCGACCUCUUCCAGGCCGAUGACCGGGUCUACGCUUACGCGUACUCUACCGGUGAAGGUCUCUCUGACGAGUGGGCUUUGGUCUCUAACGGUGUUCUUACUGAGUCUGGUCAGACUUACACCACCGCCCUUGCCAAGUACCACUAAACGUACUGAGAACCAUCUCUCAUUUAAUCUUUAUAGAUAUCUCGCUGCUUUAACUCUAUCCCCCGGGAUCUUUUUGCAUUUUUCAAGAUUGAAACGAAAAUAUCUCGGGCGUCCUGCCUCUUAUCGAUAAACCCAAUUCUCCUUGCUUUGUUUGCUGUUUCUUGCGUGGUUUCGUUUCCAUGAGCAUGAAGAACUGGUUUUUUCAUGUUUGAAUUAUACCCCCCCUCUGAACGUCGUGGAUAUGAUCCUAUAUGUUUAAUGCUCACGAUGUCGAUGUCAUACACGUACUCCAUGUUCCCGU